CGCUAUGAGACGGCCUGUUUAGUGUCACUUUCACCCCGAUCCGCCGACGGUUCUCGUAGAUGGGACGGACCACUGAAGGGUGAAGCAGGCUCCACUUGACUAGCUGAAGCCUCCUGUGUUUAGACGCGCGGUUCAUCUCGGAGCGCUCACCACCACCACCAAACACGGCUCUAAGGGAAACUCUUACGCACCAGAUCUGGAGAAGAGGGGACUAUUCUUCGAGAGGACUUCGCUUCACGUUGCGCUUUUCCACGGAGGUUCUGGAGACACUUUGAACAACGCGUAAAGAGGCGAUUAUAAGAGCGGUUUGGGGUUUGAUUUAAAUAAUUCAUCCAGGUUUUCCCACUCAGGUGACACUUCUUCUUCAAUCGAGGAAAGCUCAAGCGCUGCGGGAAUCUGACGAUUUCACGUCGGAUUUCACGUGUUCCGUAAGAAAUCGCGUUUACGCUUUAGUGUAUCGACUGUUGGUCCACCUUUACCGUCGUUUUUCCCGUCCCUGCGUGGGGUUUGUUCCGCUGUGGGUCCACGGAGAAGGGGAAGGUGUUUAUGGAUCCACGGCCACGGAGCGACACGAGGAGCUGUGUACGACGCGCGCUCACGAAUCGAUCAUGUUGACCCGCUGUUGCGAUCAGAAACUUUGAGCCAAGUUUACACAAAAAACCCAAACAGAUCAACCCACACACGGACACAUUCGGUUCCAAAUCGAUCUCCCCAGCGUAUCUCCAGAGGAAGUGGGGAAGCCCCGCUCGGUGCGUUUGGUUUUCCUCCAGACGUCAGCACGGAUCUCUGUGUCCUCCCCGCGCGGCGGACGGAGUUGGACUCUCUCGGUGUUUCAACCACCAACGUGUGUCAGAUAGCAUGGCAAUGGUAGUAAACCAGUGGCAAGAGAACAUCUCGGCCGACCCGGGCUCCCAGCUGCAGAUCUGCGGCCAGGAACCGGGAGGAACCCCCGGGACGCCCAACGGAUCCACGCCGGGCAAUGAGGGACUCUCCGGGGACAAGAUCCCCAACGUGGACUGCAUGGUGUGCGGGGACAAGUCCAGCGGGAAGCACUACGGCCAGUUUACCUGCGAGGGCUGCAAGAGCUUCUUCAAGCGCUCGGUGAGGCGGAACCUGAGCUACACCUGCCGGGGGAACCGGGACUGCCCCAUCGACCAGCACCACCGGAACCAGUGCCAGUACUGCCGGCUGAAGAAGUGCCUCAAGGUCGGCAUGCGGAGAGAAGGUGAGAGAGCCGUCCAGCGGGGGCGCAUGUCCAACUCCCAGACCAGCCCGGCGCAGUACCUGACCAACAGCAGCGACCCGUACAACGGGCAGCCCUACCUGUCCGGCUUCAUCUCCCUGCUGCUGCGCGCCGAGCCCUACCCUACGUCGCGCUACGGCGCCCAGUGCAUGCAGGGCAACAACCUCAUGGGCAUCGAGAACAUCUGUGAGCUGGCCGCGCGCCUGCUGUUCAGCGCCGUGGAGUGGGCCAAGAACAUCCCCUUCUUCCCCGACCUGCAGCUCAUGGACCAGGUGGCGCUGCUGCGCAUGUCGUGGAGCGAGCUGUUCGUCCUGAACGCGGCGCAGUGCUCCAUGCCCCUCCACGUGGCCCCGCUGCUGGCGGCGGCCGGCCUGCACGCCUCGCCCAUGUCGGCCGAGCGCGUGGUGGCCUUCAUGGACCACAUCCGCGUCUUCCAGGAGCAGGUGGAGAAGCUGAAGGCCCUGCAGGUGGACGCGGCCGAGUACUCCUGCCUCAAGUCCAUCGUGCUCUUCACCUCCGACGCCAUGGGCCUGUCCGACGUGGCUCACGUGGAGAGCAUCCAGGAGAAGUCCCAGUGCGCGCUGGAGGAGUACGUGAGGAACCAGUACCCCAGCCAGCCCAUCCGCUUCGGCCGGCUGCUGCUGCGGCUGCCGUCGCUGCGCAUCGUGUCCUCGCCCGUCAUCGAGCAGCUCUUCUUCGUGCGCCUGGUGGGCAAGACGCCCAUCGAGACCCUGCUCCGGGACAUGCUGCUGUCGGGCUCCAGCUACAACUGGCCCUACAUGCCGUCCGUGCCGCGCGACCGGCCCAUCUCCCUGCACUACAACGAGAACGGCCCCUGAGAUGGGGGCCGCCCCCCGGGGAGACGAUGGAGCUGGAGACGAAGAGCGAGUGGUUCCAGGAGAUAUUCAGGCUGAUCACCCCCCCCCCCCCCCCCUUUUUCUUUUUUCACCCCUGAUCCGUUGUGUCAUUCGUCCGCCAAUCCGCCUUCCCCUCCACCCAUCCACGGUCCAUCCUUCCAUCCAUCCCUCCAUCGAGCUGAAACACUUUGUACCCCAUCUUCGUCAACGACGACUUCAACUUUCCAAGGAGAACCAUCUCCCGUCGUCAUUCCGUCACAAAACCUUUUAUAAAAAACAGUCUUGACCAGCCAGCCAAUAGAUGUGUGCGCUUCGACGUCCCGAGCCAACGAAGACGACCAAUCGGUGACCUCCUCCAGGGGACACUGCGGCCAAUGCUGAGGCUGGACGCUGCCUUGUCGUCGUGGUCGGCGUGACAGAUUGUUGCACGGUUCACCAGCAGGUCUGUUGGACUCCCCGGAGACGGCGGUGUGGGAAACCUCAAACAAUCCGCUACGCUCUCGAUAUCCUGUUUGUGGGCAGCGAGGGGGAGCAAUACACCAGUGGAGGAGCCCUCGUUCCCAGCGGUCGCCGACUUUUAUUUUGAAGAAAAAAACCCAGAAGCCAUUAAAAAGACGAAUGCCAAAAUUGUCCUUGAACUUUUACAAAGGACUUGUUUAUCGUGUGUGUGAGUGUGAGUGUGCGGGUGUGUGUGUGUGUGUGUGUGUGUGUGUGUGUGUGUGUGUGUGUGUGUGUGUGUGUGUGUGUGUGUGUGUGUGUGUGUGUGUGUGUGUGAGUGGGUGUAUUAGCACUGUUUAUAACUCAUGAAUGUGUCCAUAUGUAUAUCAUUGACCUGUAGACGCUCACAGCUCAGCGCAGUCUGGUUGAGCUUCAGACGUCGGUUUGGGAGGUGGCCAUCCUCAGCCCUAUGGUGAGGCCAACCGCCUCGCCCAUUGAGGGGGGGGCAUCGACAUUUAUCAAGCAGCCUGUGCCAAAGCUGAUAAUGCAUCCAUCUUGUUGAAAAAUUUGUUUGGUGGAUGAAAUUGAGUUUGAGUUUGUCUAUAAUUUGACUUUUUGUUUGUAUCUUGGUAGGGGGGGGGGUGGGAGAGUGUUCUUUAAAAUAAAGUGAACUAAAACGAGAUAAACUAAGGAAUCCAAUCGGAGGCACUUGCAUUGUAAAAUUGAACAAAACACAGAAAUGUAAUCGAUGCUACUGCUUCAGAUUAGCUAGCAGGAUACGCAUCAUCGAUCGUCUUAGAUCGCCGUUUCAGCGUUGAGCGUCAUCCCUUACUACGCCAGGUCAGUGGUGGGCAACAAGUUUCUCUUAACACCUUUAGCAGUUAUAAUGGUGGCACUGGGAGAGCAGUGGGACCCCCCCCCCCCCCACUGGCAGUGGUCUCAAGCUGUGGAACAAAUGGGACGGUUGGGGGAGUGGAUUUUGUAAUGCUCGCUGUACUUGCCUUAGAACAAAGGAUUUUGUCACUACAGAUUUAUUUUAUGACUGUGCCAUAAUCUGUGGUUACCUGUUAUGACAGGUUAUUAUCCCGAGAGGAACUCACACUGAAGGGUUGAUGUGACGCCCGAGUCAAAAGGGAUUUGUGACGACGCAACAAUGCAAAAAUACACUUCUGGACUCAGCCGACAGUAGUCGUGGCGCGAGAGACGGAGAGAGAGAGAGAGAGAGAGAGAGAGAGCGAGGGUCGGUCUCGAUUCGCCGUCACCGCUCGGUUUUAUUUAGCUUUUAUUGUUUCUUUUUUUUCGUACCCCGAUCGUGUAGGUUUCUGAUCUGGAUUGUGAGGCUAACUCCAAGGGAAGGGUUCGCCUUGACCCAGAUUAGGCGUUGCCAUGGGAUACCGCAGAAGAAGAAAAGUGUAUCACUUCCUCCUUGAUCUACUCAGUCGAUGUUAUGGUAUUAUUUUUGAAUGGAAUUUUUUGGACCGUGACAUAGUUUUAGGAUUGUAUGUUGUUGUUUCUGUUUUUUGUUGGCUAGCGGCUUCCUUUGUUUACUUGCGAGGCUGGGGUCGUGUAGGAGAGGCCAGUUUGUUGUUUUCUUUGAAAGCCAUCUUGUACUUUGGACGGAGUGGUCGGUUUGCAAAAAAAUAUUUCACAGAUGAUUUCUAUUAUGUUUUUUCCCCUCCUGUGUUUCUGUUUUGAAAUAUGGAUCCAAUAAUUGAAAUAAAAAUAUGUUGUUCA